ACUCUGGGUCGUGAUGGCGUCUGUGUCAGUCAGUUCUGGUCUGAACAAGACCCUGCGGCAGCACUACCUGUCUCUCCCUCAGAGGGGCUUGUGUCAGGUCACCUACGUCUGGGUCGACGGCUCUGGGGAGGGGCUGCGCAACAAGACUCGAACCCUGGACAGAGAACCCCAAGGACUGGAGGACAUUCCGGAAUGGAAUUUUUUCUUUUUGGCCGACGUGGAGGACAGGUCUAACAGUGACAAGUACCUGAACCCAGUGUGCAUAUUCAGGGACCCUUUCACACUAGACCCCAACAAACUGGUUCUGUGUGAGGUGCUCGAACACACCCGCCUCCCUACUGAGACUAACCUGCGCUCAGACUGUAACAAGGUGAUGGAGAAGGUGAAGGAGCACAUUCCCUGGUUUGGAAUGGAGCAAGAGUACACUUUCCUGGGGACAGAUGGACGCCCCUAUGGCUGGCCCUCAAAUGGAUUCCCUGCUCCCCAAGGCCCAUACUACUGCAGCGUCGGUGCAGACUGUGCCUACGGCAGGGACAUUGUGGAGUGCCACUACAAGGCAUGUCUCUAUGCUGGAGUCAAAAUCUGUGGGACCAAUGCAGAGACCAUGCCUUCACAGUGGGAGUUCCAGGUGGGUCCUUGUGAGGGGAUUGAGAUGGGAGACCACCUGUGGAUGGCCCGUUUCCUGCUCCACCGCGUGAGCGAAGACUUUGGGGUCGUGGCUUCCUUGGACCCUAAACCGAUGACGGGUGACUGGAAUGGGGCGGGUUGCCAUACCAACUUCAGCACCAAAGACAUGAGGGCAGAGGGAGGACUGCAGUACAUCGAGCAGGCCAUAGAGAAGCUUAGCACUCGACACGCGGAGCACAUCAAGGUGUACGACCCUCACAACGGCCAGGACAACAUGAGGCGUCUCACCGGCCUCCAUUGGACCUCCAACAUCCACGACUUCUCUGCCGGCGUGGCCAAUCGUGGGGCGAGCAUCCGCAUCCCUCGUCAGGUGGGUCAGGAGAGGAGGGGCUACUUUGAAGACCGCCGCCCCUCCGCCAACUGUGACCCGUAUGCUGUGACGGCUGCCAUCGCACGCACCUGCCUGCUGGAUGAAGAGGAAGAUGAAAUAUAAGACCUUAUUGUUUAUAAAGGUCA